AUGAGCACAUUUUCCUUCUCUUGAAUUGUUGCAUCAGUAUGAAUGUGUUUCAGUUUAACAGCAACAUGACAACUCUUUGGUAAUGUUAAAUGGUUUUUGACCAUUUAUAUCAGUGAUUACCAUUAAAAAAUGUUUUAUUUUAUUUUAUUGGCGGGGAGCGGAAGUCGUUGCUUGGUAACCCCUGGCGGUGCUGUGCGGUUCAAUGUCAAAAGGCGGUACUUUCAAACUUCAGGUGGCAGCUAACUUACCAACAUAAUGUUCUACACACAACUGUUUACGUCUAAGCGCGGAUCUCUAGCCAAAAUCUGGCUAGCAGCUCACUGGGAAAGGAAGCUCACAAAGGCCCAUGUGUUUGAAUGCAACCUGGAAACAACCAUCAGAGAAAUCAUUUCACCCAAGAUGAAAAUUGGUUUGCGGACAUCUGGUCAUCUGCUCCUUGGUGUGGUCCGAAUCUACUCCAGAAAAGCAAAGUAUCUCCUUGCGGACUGCAGCGAUGCCCUGGUUAAAGUUAAAGCAGCAUUCAGGCCAGGACAGACAGAUAUGACUGUGGAGGGGCUUGAAGCCACAAUAAAAGCGAUUACUUUGAUCGAAGAUUUCACUACCUUUGACUCCCAGCUGCCAGACCCCAGUGACAUAGAUGUUGUGGACCACUUUUCACUGAACCAGAGUCGACCAGAGGAAAUCACUCUGAAAGAGGAUUUUGGAAAGAGCUUUCUAAACUUUGAAGACGUUGGAGAUGAGUGCCAAGGUCAUUGCGAUGCAGUGCUGGAUGUGAAAAUCGAGAGCUUGGCUCAGCGUGAAGAUGCAUUUGGGGAUGAGGACGAUGGAUUUGAUUUACUCGACUUUCUGACGCAAUCCAGUGAUAAUGCCACAGACUUCAUUCUGGAGGAGCUACAAAAUGAAAACCUACAGAAUGAUCAACAAGAUGCUAACACAACAAAUUCCAUGGAAGUUGAGACCCCGACGGCGAAUCAGACCACCCUGCUUGUUAAUGAGGGGGAGGCCUUUGCUCUUGAACCAGUGCCCAUCACUCCCAACUCCACAAGGAAGAAGGGAAAGAGGAAACGCAAGCUGGUGGUGGAUCAGACUAAAGAGCUUAGCAACGAAUACAUCAGAGAGCAGCUUUCUGACUUUUCCGAUCUGGUUGAUCCUUUGGAGAUGGCCCCACCGACUGUGCAGCUCAUGCAGUGGAAAGAGAGCGGAGGUGCAAAAAAACUUUUUGCACAGCCGUGUUCCACUGUACUAUCGCCCCAGAUAAAGGAGCUCUUUGCCAAGAGUUUUCUCCAGGUGAAAUGCUAUGGUGUGCAUGAGGAUGUUGAGGUGAUACGUCAGGAGGAGCAAAACGUUCAGAGUGACCGAAGUGCCUUCGCUGCAGACAUCAGUGUUGUAGAUUCAUCAGUUGAUCCCGAAAAAACGCACACUGAGCUGACUGAAUAUGAUGACAACAACCAGCAUGAGAGUUACCCACAGCUUGCACAAGAUGAAAACAGGUCAGAGUUUACUCAUCCAUCACUUCCAUCUGAAGACUCCAUGUUUGUCCAUCCGUCCUACUUGGAGCACAGCGCACAGUCAACCUCCCUCCACACUCAGUCUAUGCUGAACAGCCAGGAUUUUGAGGAGAGGAGGAUAACCAGGCAAGCACAGAAGCUUCUGAAGGCUCUAAAACAGAGCCAAAGUGACAGCAGCGACCCCACGUUCAGCCUGCAGGCACUCUGUGAAGGAAGCAAUCGCUGGCAAGCUGCAACCACCUUCUUCUGUCUCCUCAUCCUGAAAAAACAACAAGUCCUCUGUCUGCGUCAGCACGCUCCCUAUGAGGACAUCGUUGCAACACCUGGACCCAAAUUCUGCAAUUAGUGAAAAACAGAAUUCAGCCUUCUAACGUGUCAGCUCGGGUUUGUAAAUGACUUGCAGUCCUGGUUCUGCUGUGUCAUAUCUCACACAGAAUAGUUCAUGUCUGUGUUAUUAUGACAAGAGAAUUUUGAAGUUAGUCAAGUCGGUUUCUGGGCUAAAUAUUAUAAACUGCAUGAAAAGAACACGUUACUGUAUUUGUGUCAAAACUUGUAUGAUUGUUUCUUUGUUCCAAUUAAGGAACUUUUCCUAAAACUCUGUCAGACUUAAACUUCUCUGAAAUUUUUGUAUCUGCUCGAUCGUUUAAAUUUAUUUAAUUUUUGUAUUGUUUUACAUUUCCUGCAUCUCAUGUCAUGCAACACUUAAAAUCUUGGAGGAUGGCAGUUGUUCAGUUAGUCUUUUAUAACAGUUCCUCUCAUAUUUACUCAAGACAUGAGCUCUGAAAAGCCACUUCUAUAACGAAUUAUUUUUAAAAAAGCGUCUGAAGUUUUAUCUGAAGAAGAAGGAAAAAUUUUGCUGUUCUUCAUUUUGCAAAACGUUACUUAACAAAAAGUAUUUAAUGUAAAUCUUUACUAGUUGGAAAUAUGACUUUAUGUUGCUGAUGUUUGAGAUUGGACAGUCAGAUCACAACAAUUUGUUCCAUAUUUUAAAACUAUUUUUCCCUUGUCUUAGCAGCACUUUGUGAAACUGAUGCAGUGCCUACUGUUUAACUUAACAGUAAUGAGAGACUAACAAAGCUAUACUUAUUUAUUAACUCCUUUCCAAAGGUUUCCGUCAUCCAUUCAGGAAUUCUUUUAACACAGGACUUUGGAAGCCAGUGAGAGCUGACUCCUGAUGCAUGUCAUGCUUUAAAGGCAGGCCCUUUGUCCACUUGUUGUUACAGUUCAUUAAUUAAAUAGUGAGGAUUUAGAGUUAGUGCCUGCCUUCUCCUGUUUUUGCUCAUGUCAUUGUGGUUUGUGUUAAAAUAAAUACAUAAAUGGAAGCA